AUGCGUUUCGGUGGAUUAAGAUACGCUAGUGAACAGGAAAACACAGUUUUCUGUGAACCUCAGCAAAGAUUGCAAGAACCAAAAGUUAUUUCAAAUGAAAGCAAUAAGUACACUGUUGUUGGACACACGGUAGAAGGUCAACCGAUCUAUGCGCUGCAGUCUGUGAGAACGCAGGAUCGUCCAAGAUUACAUCAGGACGUACGCAAAAUAUCUGGUGAUUUAGUGAUACAAUGGAAACGUUUAGUAUCCGCACCACCUCAGCAAGUACCUGAAGAAUUGAAAAAAGUUGGUUCUGGAAGGCGUAAAACACCUCAUAUGGCAUCUGGAGGUGCGAGUAAAGCGAAGAUGAUGGAAGAUAAUUUAAAAACUACGAAAACUGAAAAAGAAGUGGAUGGGAGAAAGCUAAAGGACAUUUCUGGAAAUAAAGUAGAAUCUAGUAAAAAGUCUCCAAGCAUCGAAAAUCCUGAAAAAUUAGACGUUUCAUCUGCCAAAGCCGAAAAGUCCAUGAAGGCUUCAUCUUCUAAAACUAAAGUAGAAAAAACAGAAAAAUUAAAUAAGUCAGCGAAAGCUAUAUUGAAUAAACUUAAUGAAUUCAAUAUGUUCGAGAAACUGGAUAAGGAAAGAAAAGAAAAGAAACGACGCCCAAAAAAAGCCAAGACCUAUACUUCGAAAUUCCGUUCAAUAGGACUAGAAGGUGAUGGUGAAGGUAUGACAGGCAAAAGUAAUGAUAGCACAAUGGUAACGUCCAAAAAGAAAGGCAAUUUGCCUAGUAAGGCAUUAUUAGUUGCCAAAAAACGCACCGGAGUCAUGAUGAGCAAUACAUUUAUGGAUGCUCUGAUGGAUCCAGGACAUAAGAAACCUCCUCCAAAGCAAGCUAAAAAGCGAUCGACGUUGAAUUUGAAACCAUCGAUAUCCGUUAUACCGAGUGUUAUGGAGGGACCAUAUAGUGAUACCUCAAAAUCGCUUAAUAAAGAAAAACAGGACGAGGGAUCGGUAGAGGAAAAAAAGUAG